CAAAGAGCCGUGGUUCACAUUCAGUAGAAGGUGUUGCAGUUAUUUGGUUCUUCUCUGCAUUAAGAUUAUAAAAUGUCGAAAAUGUUGGAAGUAACCUAUUCUCGUCAAAUUGUUUUAAUGGCCGUAAUCAUGGUGAUGUCCUGUGUGUCUGUCUUGAGUGUAUCAGAACCCGAACAGGCAAUGUCAAACAGAGAUCCAGACGGGAGACAACGACAAAUUGUAAACUUACCGAUAUCUUCAGAUUACUUGAGAACAUCAGAAAAACGUCUUUCGGAAUUUUUAGGUGGACCGGGUAAAAGAAGUUAUUCAGAAGAAGAAGAAAACAUGGUGCCAAUCGGUUAUCUUCGGGAUAAUAAUGAGAAAAGACUUUCCGAAUUCUUGGGAGGGCCAGGAAAAAGACUGUCCGAAUUUUUGGGUGGACCGGGAAAAAGAUACUCGGAAUUUCUGGGUGGACCAGGCAAGAGAGUCUCUGAAUUUUUGGGAGGACCGGGUAAAAGAUUUUCUGAAUUUUUGGGUGGACCCGGUAAAAGAGUUUCGGAAUUUUUAGGUGGACCCGGUAAACGUAAUUAUUUUAAUAUCAGAUAUCCUCAAUUUUACGAUGAUAACUAAUUAUCAUUAUUAAAAGUAUAUAAAAGAAUGAAAUAAAACUUGUUCUAUUUUAAAAUUUAUGUAGUUUAAAAUUAUAUGUAUAUAUACAUAUUUAAAAAACAGAAAAAAUCAAUAAUCUGUUGAAGUUUUCAAAGUAAAACAUCGUCUGGAUUUGUUGUGAAUAAUAGUGUUUAAGAAAAGCAGUUUUAAGAUUUUCAUGGACAGAUAUAAAUUAAUAUAUACCUUAUAGAUAUAAAUAAGUAUAUAAAUA